ACCAAUUACCACCUGAUUCAUUCAUUGGGUAUCAGGAUUUGAGGGAACGAUAAACACAGGGAGUUUUCCUUGCACAUACUACAUAUCUAAGACUCGUACAUAGUCAUUUCCUUGCUUAAAAUAAUCGUUUCCUCUGUAUUACGAUUUUUCCUCUCAGUCUGAACGCCCGUCAUGGAGCAAGAGCUCCUGUCGCUGCUUGCGGACACCCAGUCGCCGGUGGCCGAUACCAGAAAAGCCGCCGAGCUACAACUCCUACGUCUCUACUCCAACGAGGCCUUCCCUCUCUCUCUUGCUGCGAUCGCUUCUCACGAUUCCGUCCCUACCAACCUGCGCCAAUCUGCCCUUUCUGUUCUCCGGACCUUCAUCGCGGCGGCUUGGUCCCCGGUUCUCAAUGAGUUCAAGGGCCAGGUUCUCGUUAACGACGACAAUAAAGUGCAGAUCCGGGGUGCACUACUGGAACUAGCCACUAUCAAGGAGACACCGGAGCGCAAGGUCAAGUCGUCCGCUAGCUUUGCUGUCAGCAAGAUCGCCAGCGCCGAUUUCCCCGAGCAAUGGCCAGAGCUUUUGCCUACGCUACUACAAAUCAUCAAUGACACCAACAGUACCGCCGGCGCUCUUCACGGAGCACUGAAAGUUCUAUUGGAUCUGGUUGACACCGGCUUCAGCGAAGAACAAUUCUUCAAUGUUGCCAGAGACCUCGUCACGUCGCUCUUCAAUGUGGCUACCAAUGAGUCGAGAAAGCCCAUAUUGAGAGCGUUGGCCGUUGCGGUCUUCCGUGCUUGUUUCGAUACUUUGGAGAUGGUACUUGAGCAGCACAAGACGGCCGUCAAGCAGUUCAUGGAUGAGGUGCUCAAUGGCUGGUCUCCUUUCUUCAUCGCGACACUCAAGGCAAUUCUACCACAGUCUCCCAGCGAACAUGAAGAAUCCAAGGACAGCGAAAUCCCGUCGCAUUGGAGAGGCGCGAUUGCUCUGAAGAUCCAGGUUGUCAAGACCUUGAUGAAAAUUCGCAUGGUGUUCCCUGGCUUGAUGACACCCCAGAGCCCAGUGUUCUUCUCGACAAUCUGGACCGAACUAUCCAAUAUCCAAUCAACGUAUCACGGAUUCUAUAUCGAUGAAGAGAGACAAGGCCGCUUGGAGGACGUGGAUGGACUCCCUUAUACACUAGACUUCCUGGUCUUAGAAGAACUCGAUCUCAUUCAAACGCUAUUGAAAGCGCCGCCAGUCAAGGCAGAGCUACAGCAGCAGCUACAGAAUGCCGGCCAGGCGGUCGCUUCAUCAAGCUGGUUGCCGGAGAUUCUGAAACUGGCGGGCGCUUAUGCUCAAAUCACGUCGGAGGAAGAGGGUUUGUGGGACAUUGAUGUGAAUCUUUUCCUAUCGGAAGAAACAUCUGUCACUGCCAACUACACGCCCCGUACUUGCAGUGGAGAUCUCGUUGUUAAGCUGGGCGAAUGGCUCAAGACCACCGCUGUUGAGGGUUUGCAUGCGCACCUGAACACCGUGUUCUCCGAUCCGUCUUCCACGUGGAAGGCUCGCGAGUCUGCUCUCUACAUUUUGAGCCAGCUUCUUCGGGACUUCAACGAAGUUUCCCAAAAAGUUCCCGUCGGCCUUGCCAAUGCAUUCAGCAACUUCAUCCAGUUUGCAACUCAACAAGAAGAGGAGUUUCUACGGGCACGCGGUUAUCUCACUGCUGGAGUUCUCUGCCAGGUCGCAGAUGCGUCCUUCCAGCAAACCGCGGUCUCUUAUCUUGAGGCGUCCCUCAAGGCGGUGACUGCGGAUCCUUCCGAAGUUGUGAGAGUGUCCUGCAUCCGAGCACUACAGGAUCUCAUGCCUUCGCUUCCCUCGAGUGCUACCAUCCCACUUCAGGCGGCCGCCAUCUCUGCUCUAUCGGACUUCAUCGCCUCUCAUGACAUCUCGGAAUCAUCUGACAGCGACGAUCUCAAGGUCACCCUCGCAGAGACCCUCCGUGAUACCAUUAUUGUCAAUCCAAGCGUGGUCUUGUCUUCGAAUGCCAUCGAUGUGUUAUUCAACAUUGCCAGUAAUGGUCCCACCAAUUUCCAAUUGACGAUGAUCAUCACGGAGGCCUUCGAGGACAUUGUUGAGUCUAUCGCGGAACAAGGCCCUGAAUCCUUUGUUCGCCUCUGCGAAAAGGUAAUGCCGUCAUUGACUGGAGCAAUCGAUGUCGGAAACCUAACUCAGGAAAACGCUUUGACGAAUUUCGCUGUGGAUCUCAUUCGAGCUCUCGCGGAAAGAGCUUCUGAACCCCUUCCAGCAGGCUUUGUCGAGGCUGUCAUGCCCAAGUUGAAUCGUCUACUAUUGGACUCAACUGAUGGGGAGCUGAUUCGCCCUGCCACAGAAGCCGUACGCCACAUGCUUUCCCACGAUUUCAAUCAGUUCGCCUCGUGGAGAGAUCCCGAUAGCGGCAAGGAGGCAAUUGAAGUGGCUCUCAUUAUCAUCGAUCGAUUAUUGGGGCCUGCGGUUGACGACAACGCGGCGACUGAGGUCGGAGAGUUGGCAGCCGAAUUGGUCGAGCGGGCGGGAUCCGAGCGACUUGGACCUUAUCUACCGCAGCUUCUCCAGGCUGUCGCCCAGCGGCUCGCAACAGCGCAGCAAGCCCCGUUCAUCCAAAGUCUGAUCCUUGUCUUCGCCCGGCUGACGCUCAUCAGCGCCCGUGAGGUUGUCGAUUUCCUGGCGCAGGUGAACAUCAGCGGUCAGAGCGGGCUGCCUAUUGUUCUCAGCAAGUGGCUGGAAAACUCGGUCAACUUUGCCGGCUACGACGAGAUCAAGCAAAACAUCAUCGCCCUUGCGACACUGUAUAAUCUCGAUGAUCCUCGCCUGGCCCAGGUGCAGGUCAAGGGCGAUCUGAUUAUCCAGGAUACGGGUCGCAUCCGCACCCGGUCCCAAGCCCGCAAGAACCCCGAUCAGUACACGACAGUGACCGCACCCUUGAAGAUCAUCAAGGUGCUGGUCGAAGAGUUGGCGGCGGCCUCGAGCAACAAGGAAAUCGAUGCUGCCACCGCGGCUGCGCUGGAGGAGGAGGGCAGUGACGAGGACGACGAAUGGGAGGACAUUCCGGGCAAUACACUCGACCUGAACCUCGGCGUCACCAAGCAGGAGCUGAUGGCGUUCGGCGAGGGCGGCAGUGAGAGUGUAUUUGGAGUGCGCAAGCGUGAUGACGAGACUCAGGGCUUCCUAUUGGAUUUCUUCCGCAACGCAUCUACCAAGCCCGAGUUCCAGCAGCUGUUUGCGGCCUUGACUCCGGCUGAACAGGAGAAAUUGCACAGUUUGGGUUGAAAAAUGUGAUCUCGGCUCUUUAUUUCUUUGUGAUUGAUGCACGAAGACUUGGCUGGGACCUUGCCAUACAAAAGAGACAUAGCAUUGAGAUGAAAUCUAUACGUCCUAGCAUACGUAAAUUCCACAGAAUUUC